GACGGACUUCGACCAUUGAAAUUCCAUACUCGAGCUCUUGCAGGUGCUUAUAGUCAACAUCUACCAUGCGACCUUCAAUAGCUCGUUUCUUUAAAAUCCUGCCCAUGUCGGCGGUAAAACCGAGCGAAGUCUUGCCACCACCACUCACUAAGCAGGAGGAAAAAAUGUUGAAGAAGCCGCUUUUGAAGGUGCUAAUGGAGCGGCAAAAAGAACAGGGGGACAGUUGGCCGAAAAAUUUGCGUAUCGAGCCUCACGUAACGAGGAAAGCGAUAGGGAAAGUACAUCCCAGUAUAAGAUCAGAGAUGAAGGAGCUUCUAAGAGAGAAAUGAAGAUUGUUAUGACCUAUCAUAGUAUCGUUGACUUCGGUUUGGCAGUUCUGCCUCUUUAGACCGGCGCAUCUAUUCGCUGUAUAUUACAUUUCUCUCGCAUAUAUAAUGCAUAGCCCUUACGCUUUGACAUAAGGACAAUCAGAGGGUGUACUUAUGCC